CUGUCUCGUCGCUCUCGCGAAUCUCGCAAGCAAGCUCGUCUACCUUCCGCGCAUGCGUGGAUUUGAAUUCUGAGUCGGGAUUGUAAACCCGGACAAAUCGCGGAAGUUGUGAAAAACCGCCUGGUCAGGAGCACAAAAACAGGACAUGUCCGGGGAAAACCGGACGAAUGGUGAGGGACAGUACUAAAGAAUGGAGCAAGUGAGCCAUCCAAGAUCAGCACCCUAUACUCACAAGCUGGAUCCUACCUUAGAGAGGCACUUUAAGGGACAUAAGAAUGCAAUCACAAGUGUUGACUUUAAUCCAGACCUGAAACAGUUGGUCUCUGCUUCCCUGGACACUUAUGUCAUGAUAUGGAACCUUAAGCCGCAAUCUAGAGCUUAUAGAUUUGUGGGCCACAAGGAAGCGGUGACAAGUGUACAUUUUUCUCCUUCUGGGAAUUUGGUGGCAUCAGCCUCACAAGAUAGAACAGUCAGACUGUGGAUUCCCAGUAUUAAGGGAGAAUCAACUGUAUUCAGAACCCAUACAGCUUCAGUUCGCAGUGUGAACUUCUCGAGUGACAGCCAGAAGUUAGUCACAGGAUCAGAUGACAAAACUAUCAAGGUGUGGAGUGUCCAUCGCCAGCGCUUUUUAUUUUCUUUAACACAGCAUACAAACUGGGUCCGUUGUGCCAAGUUUUCACCUGAUGGAAGGCUAAUAGUCUCUUGUAGUGAUGACAGAACAGUUAAAAUAUGGGACGCUGCAAACAAAUUGUGUAUAAAUACUUUUGCUGAUUAUGGCGGCUUUGCAAACUUUGUAGACUUCAAUCCCACUGGAACAUGUGUGGCUUCAGCAGGCUCUGAUAACACAACACAGAUUUGGGAUAUUAGAACAAACAAGUUACUGCAGCAUUAUCAAGUUCACAGUGGUGCAGUUAAUACUUUGACAUUCCAUCCUUCUGGCAACUACCUCAUUACUGCUUCGAAUGAUGGCACUUUGAAGAUUUUAGACCUUUUGGAAGGGAGGCUUAUUUAUACACUUCACGGGCAUGAGGGUCCUGUUCUUUCUGUAGCUUUUUCCAGAAGUGGAGAACAUUUUGUUUCCGGUGGGAAUGAUGCUCAGGUACUACUUUGGAAGACAAAUUUUGAUGCAUUUAAUUACAAAGAUGUUUUAGAAAACCACAGGAAAAGAACAAACCCAGACCCACCCCCACACCUAACUGAUAUACGUCCAAGGUCAGCGCACAUGCAUACUGCCAGAAAUCCAUCAAUUGAAAUCAAUCCAAGACUUGCUAUAGCAGACACACAAACAUCAGAUCCCUCUGUGAUAGAUAUCGGGGUUCCUUUGUUUGCACAGGCUCAGAGGGGUACAUCCAGAAUUUCAAGAUACUUUGCUGAACCCAGGGAUGUGAAGAGUAACAAGAAUCUUCAGUUCCCGUCAACCUCAGAGAUGUCAAGUAUCCCAAGUAGAUUGGAACAAGGUGAAGAGAUUGAGAGUCAGCCAGUGACAUUCCCUUUAGAGGAACAGACCGGUGUCCAGUCUCUUGUCGCCAGCACUUUAGAACACAUUGUUGAACAACUGGAUGUACUGACACAGACUGUUUCAUUGCUGGAACACCGACUAACACUGACUGAAGACAAGCUGAAGGAAUGUCUUAAAAAUCAGCAAAAGACUAUUCUGCAGAUAAGACAAGCUGACUGAGUGAUGCAGCAGUACACAAAUAAAUGGGAUGGAGAAUUCAAGGCAUUUCUGUUUGACUCUGUAAUAUCAUGUUUCCAGCUAAUUCUAGAACUGUACUGUGAACACUGUCCAUUCCUGAAUAGUGAUGCAGUGAAGAGUCUUUUAAAUUAAAGCCAUACAACAAAACCUAUUUUUAUUUAAAACCAUGGACACAUUGCCACAGAAUACCUUAACUUUGUAAAUGUAAUUCGGCUGUAGAGAUUUGGUAAGGUAUUUUAGAUGAUGUAAAGUUGAGGUUACAGCAUUUUUUCAGAAUGCAUUUAUAUGUGUUGCACUUCUAGGAAGUUAUUUUUUUCAUGAAAACUGCUGGGUCAGUGAAUUCAAUAGGAAUUACUAAUUUUUCACGUUUGUGUAUUUAUAAUUGAAUGUCAGUAAUUUUACCUUGUAUUUUUGCACAAUAUAAUAUUGCUUUUAAUUUUACUAAUAAAGCUGUUUUGUAAGCCUA